AUGUCCACCAAGGCUGACGAUACCCCAACGCAAGACGAGACCUGGAAAGACGGUGACUUUGAGGUGAUCUCGAGCGACAAUGUCAAGUUCUGCAUCCCGACGCAUCUUCUGCAGACCGCGUCCGGCGAGAAGCGCAUCGAGCUUGACGCGAGCGCUGCAACGAUCACUGCACUUCUAAGAAUAACAAGCAAGGGCUUUCUUUCGUUCGAUGAACCGCCAUCGACACGCAAGUACCGCGAGAUCGUGGACCUUGUCAACUUUGUUCGCAAGUACGACUGUGAAGCGGCAGGCAACUUUCUGCUGUUUGCCGCCCGGACGGCGCCCGACCACACCCGAGACCAGGCCGUGAUCCGCCUCCUCAUCCUAGUCUUCAUGGACGACAAGUACCUGUGUGCUGAGCUUUUCGACAAGUACUCCCAGCGGUUUGAGUGGCUUCAGGGUGAUGCCUCCUCCGUCUUCAGAGGCUCGCCAUAUGGCCUGUUCGCUGUGAUUCCCUUCCGAUACUUUUGGGCGAUGGUGGCUGCGAACGUCACAGACCCCGACGAUCUUCCCAUUGAGUAUAUGGGAAAGCGCAAAGCCGGCCUUAGUUCUCCUGGGAGCCGCUUCCUGCACUACAUGGCCAUCGCUGAGAAACGAGACGACCUUGCAGCAGGCGCAAUCUGA